GUUUCAGGUGCUGCUGGAGUGCUGGUAGGACACCCAUUUGACACUGUUAAGAUGACAGAUAAGCCUCAUCACGGGAGAGUUACCUAGUUCGUCUACAAGUUCAAAAUGUAGAGAAACCUCUCUACCGUGGGACCUUCCAUUGCUUUCAGUCCAUCAUAAAGCAAGAAUCUGCUUUUGGACUUUAUAAAGGUAUUGGGUCACCAAUGAUGGGACUGACCUUCAUUAAUGCGCUUGUGUUUGGUGUACAAGGAAACACACUUCGUGCUCUUGGAAAAGACACUCCUCUAAACCAGUUCCUUGCAGGGUCGGCAGCAGGGGCUAUCCAGUGCAUCAUCUGCUGUCCCAUGGAGUUGGCAAAGACAAGAAUGCAGCUUCAAGGAACAGGUGAAUACAAACAAAAAACUAAGAACUACAAAAAUUCUCUGGAUUGUUUGAUGAAAAUCUAUCAAAAGGAAGGGCUGAGGGGUAUCAACAGGGGCAUGGUCUCUACGUUGAUAAGAGAGACUCCAAGCUUUGGCUUUUACUUCCUGACUUAUGACUGCAUGACCAGGUAUUUAGGCUGUGAAGCUGAAGACAGUUACGUUAUUCCCAAACUGCUGUUUUCCGGGGGGAUGUCAGGCAUCGUGUCCUGGCUCUCAACCUAUCCUGUCGAUGUGAUCAAAUCCCGGCUUCAGGCCGAUGGAGUUGGAGGCGUUACACAAUACAAUGGCAUUUUGGACUGUGUCCGAAAGAGUUACCAUGAAGAAGGCUGGAGGGUGUUCACAAGAGGUCUUACUUCCACACUUCUCCGCGCUUUCCCUGUCAACGCAGCUACCUUUGCUACUGUCACUGUGUUCCUAAUGUAUAUGAGGUCAGAAGACAACCUUCGUGAAUGUGAACCAGGUCCAGUGAUCCAGCAGCCUUCUAGUUUGUGA